UCCAGCAUCACUGCACAGGCCUGGAGAAGCCAGCACAACGCACGUUAAAUCUGGCACAUUUGAACUAUCCGCCAUGCCCUUUUCAACCUGAAUUCUUCAGCCUGGGGAGGAAUCCUGAGCUUCCCGGUGCAGAGGGGGCUGGUGGAGCCCCAUCCCGUCCCGUCCCACAGGGGAAGGGAGUGCCCACAGCCCGUGGGGGGCCCCCACGUCCCACGCAAGGAGGGGCGAUCCCGGCCCCGGGGGAGCGCGCCUUCACCUUGAAACGAGCCCGAGAAGUGGAUGCGCGAUGUAACGGCAGAGCCGCCUGCAGCCGUUUUAUUGCCUUAUUCCAGCUUUGAAAUGGAACCGAGCACAGAGUUCAGCGCGGCGAGCGCGAGCCAGAUGGAGAGUGUCAGCGGGUUCCUAGAACUGUCACCGCUCCCCCAGGCAUGGCCCCUGCCGGGGACGGGGACGGCCGGGGCAGCAGGCCGGGGCCGCCGGGGUGGCGCAGAUUAACCUUUCCCCCUGCUCCCAGCGCAGCCCGGCCGCUCGCCCGCCCUCCUUCCCCCCCCGAAGGAUUUUGCAUGCAAAUGGCCCCGCGCCAGAGCCGGGCCGUCAGAAUGCAGAAGUUCUGCAUUCAGCCCUGACAAAACAGCGCGAACCGCUGUGUUUGCCAGAGCGAGCGCAAUAAAGCGGCCAACAAAGCGGCGCAGGAACAAUCCGGGCUGAAUGGCCGCGAGCAGCGGGUCCGGCUGCCGGUUGCCCUGGAAACCCCACCAGGGCUCACUGAAGGUAUUUCCUGAAGAAAAAGCACACACAUGCCCCACAGCUCUGCUAAUCCCAACAGGAAGCGCUUACCGGGACGUGGGGAUUGGCUUCUUUCUUAUUUAAAAAGUGCCUCUCCCCGCUCGCCCCCGCAGCUGCCCCUGGGCGCGCACGGAGGUGGCCAAGCGGCCCCCGUGGCAUCCCCUGGGCUGGGGGACCCGUCACCCCUGCCCAGGGGGUCCCGCCACCGCUGUGCAGUGAGCAGGGAGAUGCCGCAGGGCACACGUAGAAACACGACCCGUUUCUUCCCUCGGCCCUUGCCCCAUGCCCUCUCCCACCCGGCUCUCCAGCAGCAGAGGCAAAUCGCAGCGCAGCCCCGGGCACACUGCUCGGCCGAGCCAGCAGUGAGAUGCAGCAGCAUGAGGUGCAGCAGUGUGAGGUGCAGCAGCGUGAGAUACAGCAGCGUGAGGUGCAGCAGCGUGAGAUGCAGCAGCAUGAGGUGCAGCAGCGUGAGAUGCAGCAGCGUGAGAUGCAGCAGUGUGAGGUGCAGCAGCGUGAGAUACAGCAGCGUGAGAUGCAGCAGUGUGAGGUGCAGCAGCAUGAGGUGCAGCAGCGUGAGAUGCAGCAGCGUGAGAUGCAGCAGUGUGAGGUGCAGCAGCGUGAGAUGCAGCAGCGUGAGAUACAGCAGCGUGAGAUGCAGCAGUGUGAGGUGCAGCAGCGUGAGAUGCAGCAGCGUGAGAUGCAGCAGCGUGAGGUGCAGCAGUGUGAGGUGCAGCAGCGUGACAUGAAGCAGUAUUUCAGUACCAGGCACACCAGCAGCUUGCGAGGCCACCGGGGUGAAUGCUCACCUGUCCCCCGGGACACCCCAGGAGCCAAGGAGCCUGCGGGGUGGCAGCUCGGGGCAGCCGAGGGUCCCGCACAUCCCCGGGGACCCACACACGUGCCCGUGGCUUUUUGCAGUAAGCAAGGGGUUUGCUGGGGCCCCUGCUCGCUGCCCAGAGGGAGCCGACGCCGUGGGGACCCCGCUCCUCUCGCCCGGAGCUUCAGGAGGGGACGCUGCAGCACCUCGUGCACCCUGGGCACGGCGCGAUCCCACGGGGGCAGCGGCCAGCCCCACGCACACAGGGCAAGGCACAGGGCAGCUCCGCAGCCUGCGCUCCGGCCGAGCGCUGCUGCCGCUGCCUUUCCCAAAGACUCAUAUUUCUUUUUUUUUUUUUUUUUUCCCUCCUCAAUUAAGGGCUGGAGUGACAGCAUCCGAGUGGAAAGGCGGGAGGCGGGGAACAAUGCCUGCUCGACAGGCUGGGAGGGGAAGGGAGCAGCGUGAUGCCCCAGCGGACACGGCGGUGCCCCGGGGACAAAGUGGCUGCAGCAAUGGGGGGCCAGGGCAGACGGACUCCCCCAGCCAGUGUGCUCACUGGUGCAGGUGGGGGCUGCUGGCCACCCCCCCGAGCUCCACAAUCGAUCCUGGGCUGCCACCAUCAGCAGAAGUGCAGGAGGUUUCCGAGCCUUCACAGCUCUGUCCCUUUGGGUCCAGAGCAAGCCCCCCGGGACAAGGCGGCCACAACAAAGCCCUGUGACCUGGGAGCAGGGCCCCCGCAGGCUGGGGGAUAAGCCUGCGGCCAGCUGGGCCAGCGUCUGCGCCGGAAAAUGGGGCAGAGCCCAGCACCGCAUCCCCAGGGGACCGGGGAAGGGGCUCGGAGCCGCUGGAGAGCUGCAGCCCCCGGCUCUGCCCCUGCCCAUGGGGCUCCCCUUCACCACACCUUGCCCCCGAUCGCCCUUCCCCAGGGGGGGACUCGUCCCCCCAAAGGCAUCUGCUGCAGCGGGGCAGCCUCCAGGAAUCGGAGCACCCCAAAACGUGCCGCUCCCCAAAUGGGGCCCAGCAGCACCCGGCUCCCCACGGAAACUUGCUCGGGCGCUUCAUGCCGCUGGCAUCCCCUGCGUGCAGGGAUGAGGCAGACCCGGAGCAGUGGAAAAGCCCCGACAGCGGAGAGGACAAUAGCAGACAAGGAGAGAGGGGAAAAAAAAUCCCCCCUGCAAUUUUCUGCAGGUUUCUGUUUAACCUGAAGACAAAGACUGGCUUUGUGAGGGAGGGAGAUGGAGGUUGCUCAUGGAAAUUUCUUGGCUUUUUCCCUUAACUUUCUUUUUUUUUUUUUUUCCACCUCCAAAUUUAGGUAACUAUAAAAUGCAGUAAGUGCCCAUUAAUAUUUUAUUUGCUGCAGAUUUUUCAAUCACAGGAGCAAGUCCCUGACAAAGGCAGGGUUUCCAAGCCCCCUCCCCAGGCCACGAGGAGGAGGCG